AUGAAUAGUGCAAUUUUAGGUAUAGAUAUCUCUAAAGCAACAUUUGAUGUAGCAUUACUUUAUAAUAAUAAAACAAAAACUAAAAAAUUUAACAAUAAUUUACAAGGAUUUGGUACAUUAAAACAAUGGUUAUCAACCAAUAAAAUUGAUACUGUGCAUGCUUGUAUGGAAGCCACAGGUUGUUAUGGAGAAAAAUUAGCGCAAUAUCUUUAUGAUAAUAAUUUUAAGGUGAGUGUAGUUAAUCCAGCACGAAUCAAAGGUUUUGCAACCAGUACAUUAUCUAGAGUUAAAACUGACAAAGCAGAUUGUCAGUUAAUUGCCCAAUUUUGUAAAGCUAUGCAACCUGAUCUUUGGCAACCAACAGCGGUUUAUAUAAGAGAAUUACAACAAUGGGUACAUCGUUUAGAUGCCCUAAUUACUCAUAAAAAUCAAGAAACUAAUAGGUUAGAAAAUGUGAGUGAUAUUGUUAAAGCAAAUAUCCAAACUCAUAUUGAUUUUUUAGAUAAACAGAUCAAAGAAGUAGAGCAGGAAAUUAGUAAGCAUAUUAAACAACAUAAAGACUUAAGUGAUAAAAGUAAGCUUCUUGAAUCAAUUCCUGGAGUAGGAGACAAAACAAUAGCUAUAGUACUAGCUUUUUUAGGUAACAUAAAAGCUUUUGAUUCUGCAAAACAAAUUGUUGCUUUUGUUGGUCUUAACCCCAAACCAAGACAAUCUGGUUCUUCUGUACGUGGAGUUAGUAGAAUAUCUAAGACAGGAGAUGCAGAUUUACGAAAAGCUUUUUAUAUGCCAGCUGUAGUUUCUAUUAGAUUUAAUCCAAUUAUAAAAGAUUUCAGCCAACGUUUAAGUAGUGCAGGAAAAUCUAAAAUGGUUACAGUUGUCGCUGCUAUGCUUUUUGGUAAAAUUUCUGUACCAAUUUGUUGGUAUCAACUAGAGCAUGGAGGGGCAUGCUCUAGUUGGUUGAUGGAGGAAGUUUUAGACAGAUUUAUUAAUAAUUUUGGAGUGCAUAAAAUUAAAUAUUUGCUGGCUGAUCGAGAAUUUAUGAGCAAAGAAUGGCUUAAUUUUUUGACUAAAAAAGAAAUUAAAUUUGCGAUUCCAGUUAGAAAAGAUAUGCUAAUUCGCAUUACAAAUGCUUUACAAACUAAACCAGCGGGUAAAAGUUUUGAUUAUGUAAAGCCUCUUGAAUAUAUUGAAGUUAAAGGAAUAUUAUGGGAUCAUGCAGUGACAUUAUCGGCCUAUAGGAAUAAUAAAAAUGAACUGAUGGUUAUUGCAGCUAGCGGUGAUAUUGAUGUCAGCAUUUUUGCUUUAUAUAAAUUUCGCUGGUCAAUUGAGCGGUUGUUUAAACAUCUCAAAAGCAGUGGCUUUGAUAUUGAAAAAAGUCACAUAACAAACCCGUAG